GGUCCGUCCCGCCCCUUGCCUCCGGACGUCUGUGGCCGGACAUGGCCGCCGCCGGUGCCGGGUCCUUGAACUGAGAGCCUGUUGCCAGAAACUGAAGUUGCCGUCCCUUCCCACGCGGCCGGGCCUAGGCGCUGCCUGGACGGCGAGGAGCCGCGGAGCAGGGCGAGGAGGAGGCCGCAGCCAGAAGCCGCCGCGGCCGGCGCAUGGCGUCCAUCUUGCUGAGGAGCUGUCGCGGCCGGGCACCCGCCCGCCUCCCGCCGCCCCGCGCCGCCGCCCAGCGUGGUAGUCUGGGGCAUGGAACUUGUCUCAAGGAUGCCAGCACUGUGGGGUUGAUGAGCCGAGUGACUGUCCCCUCUGGCUACUGUGCUCCUGCCCACCCUUUGUACCUGUGCCUCAGAGCCAAGCCCUGUGGCCCCUGGACACUAAGGCCUGAGAGCCUGUGUGUGGUGGCAGGAGCACCAUGGACUCCCGCUGCAGAGGGUGUGCUUGUCCGGGGGCCCCUGUACCUUCCUGUGCGUGGCUGGCACUCGUCGCCCCCUCUCAGCGAUGACUCCGUGGUAGAGAAGUCUCUCAAGUCCCUGAAGGACAAGAACAAAAAGCUGGAGGAGGGUGGCCCUGUGUAUAGCCCAGCAGCCCCGGUGGCCGUGAAGAAAUCGCUGGGGCAGAGGGUGCUGGACGAGCUCAAGCACUACUACCAUGGCUUCCGUCUGCUGUGGAUCGACACCAAGAUUGCUGCGCGCAUGCUCUGGCGCAUCCUGCAUGGCCACACGCUGACCCGCCGGGAGCGUAGGCAGUUUCUUCGCAUCUGUGCUGACCUCUUCCGCCUCGUGCCCUUCCUGGUCUUCGUGGUGGUGCCCUUCAUGGAGUUCCUGCUGCCUGUGGCUGUGAAGCUCUUUCCCAACAUGCUGCCGUCCACGUUUGAAACGCAGUCCAUCAAGGAAGAGAGGCUGAAGAAGGAGUUGCGGGUCAAGCUGGAGCUAGCCAAGUUUCUCCAGGACACCAUCGAGGAGAUGGCACUGAAGAACAAGGCGGCCAAGGGCAGUGCCACCCAGGACUUCUCUGCAUUCUUCCAGAAGAUCCGUGAGACGGGGGAGAGGCCCAGCAAUGAGGAAAUCAUGCGCUUUUCCAAGCUGUUCGAGGAUGAGCUGACCCUGGACAACCUCACACGGCCGCAGCUGGUGGCGCUGUGCAAGCUGCUGGAGUUGCAAUCCAUCGGCACCAACAACUUCCUGCGCUUUCAGCUCACUAUGCGGCUGCGGUCCAUAAAGGCCGAUGACAAGCUGAUCGCUGAGGAAGGGGUGGAUAGCCUGAAUGUCAAAGAGCUGCAGGCGGCAUGCCGGGUGCGGGGCAUGCGGGCUCUUGGCGUCACUGAGGACCGGCUGCGGAGCCAGCUGAAGCAGUGGUUGGACCUGCACCUGCACCAGGAGGUGCCCACAUCGCUGCUCGUGCUGUCUCGGGCCAUGUAUCUCCCCGACACUCUCUCACCUGCUGACCAGCUCAAGUCUACACUCCAGACCCUCCCAGAGAUUGUGGCCAAGGAGGCCCAGGUAAAAGCAGCUGAGGUGGAAGGCGAGCAGGUGGACAACAAGGCCAAGUUAGAGGCCACGCUGCAGGAGGAGGCGGCCAUCCAGCAGGAGCACCGCGAGAAGGAGCUGCAGCGGGCUGUGGAGGUGGAGGCAGCGAAGAGUGCUGAGCUAGAAGGUGUGGGUGCCAUCACCCUCAAGAAGCCUGCGGCCGAGCCGCAGCUGGAAGUGCCUGAUGUGAUCUUGCCCUGUGAGGCCCUGAAGGACACUGCCCCUGUGCUGGAGGGCUUGAAGGAAGAGGAAAUAACUAAGGAGGAAAUCGAUGUUCUGAGCGAUGCCUGCUCCAAGUUGAAGGAGCAGAAGAAGUCGCUGACCAAGGAGAAGGAGGAGCUGGAGCUGCUGAAGGAGGACGUCCAGGACUACAGCGAGGACUUGCAAGAGAUCAAGAAGGAGCUUUCCAAGACUGGGGAGGAGAAGCUUGUGGAGGAAUCAAAAGCCAGCAAGAGGCUGACAAAGCGGGUGCAGCAGAUGAUCGGGCAGAUUGACGGGCUGAUCAUGCAGCUGGAGGCAGGCCAGCAGGCUGGCAGGCUGGGCCCGGCCGAGGGCGCAGCUGUGGGGGAGAACGUCAUCAGUGUCACGGAGCUCAUCAGUGCCAUGAAACAAAUCAAGCACAUUCCAGAAAACAAGCUGGUCAGUUUGGCCUCUGCACUGGAUGAAAAUAAGGAUGGCAAGGUCAACAUCGACGACCUGGUCAAGGUGAUUGAGCUGGUAGACAAAGAAGACAUACACAUCUCCACCAGCCAGGUGGCUGAGAUCGUGGCCACACUGGAGAAGGAAGAGAAGGUGGGGGAAAAGGAGAAGGCCAAGGAGAAGGCUGAGAAGGAGGCGGCAGAGGUGAAGAACUAGGCCUGUGGCCCUGUCAUGCCUUUGCCUGCCGCCCCGUCAUGGUGGGAAUGACGUGAGAGUGACCGCUUUGAGGUGAUUCUGUGGUGAUCCUAAUAUUUGGUCUGGAAUAAAUCAGAAACUUCUGUAAUCAAGUAAUUUUAAUUUUCAUCAUUCCACAAAGACCCAGUCUGGAUUCCUAGGAGCCUCCGGGAACCGUGGCUGGACCCACACCGUGGUGUGGUGCUGAGUGGCUCAGAGGUGGCUUGCUCGGCCAGGCUGGGCAGGAACGCGCUCCCCUGUGUACCCACCAUCCCGAGGAAGGUGAGGACGUGUGCAGCUGGUGCCGGGCAGAGCCACCCAGAUGUGCCGCACUGUGGACAUCACAAACAACAGCCCCUGGCUCUGGAAUCGCCCCUCUGCUCAGUCCACGGACUCUGCGUCUGAACUGUCCAUGUCAGUGUCUGUCCGUGCACGUGUUUGCUAGGCCAGUGUCCUUGGCCAUUCCGUGCCUCUCCCGACAGCACACCAGUGUCAUUCAUGGAUCCCGUGGUGUCUACUGGAACUCUUUCUUGAUUUACUUUAGAUCUGCACCUAAUUCAUUCAUUAAUUUUCAUGACAGUCUGCCUAACUCUUGAGUAGCAUCUGACAGAAGUCUGGACUGGGGCCCUCAAGCCUGGGCGUGAGGUGUUCCACACUGGAUGAUGCAACGCUGCCUUCCUGCCCAGUCAGGCCCCGGGCCCCCAUCCCCCGCCAGCUCCACAUGGCCCGUGUGGCUUCUGAGGUGAACCCACCAGGCUGCGGGAACAGGUGGGUCCCCCCACGGCCUCACCCCUAUCCUGGGGACCAACUGGUUCUCUCCAGGUGCCGCAGCUGGUGGCCAAGAGGGAGGAAGGGUCACGUGGACGGUGGCCUCCCCACAGGCUCUCAGCCAGGCCACCAACACCCCAGGUCCACAGCUCCCUGGGGAGUGGCCAGGGCCUUUCUCCUUGGUGGCAGGCAGGUGGUCCCUCGGGGCCUUGAUCACCAGCAGGAGUGUCCUGUGGGGACUCAAGACAUAGGACUGUGGAAGACAUAGGAACGGGGCCAGGGGUGGCUGCAAGCACAGGGCAGGAGAACCUCCUCACUUACUUGAAGCUUCUUGCCGCUUAGGGCAGAACUUGACCAAGUAGGAAUGAGGUUGUACACUCCUGCACGAGGCUGGCCACAUUUCCAUCCUCUGGGGAGGACACCUGUCUAGCGCUGCAAUGCCAUCAGCCCAGCCUUCCUUAGCAUCCCAGCCCCAGCUGUUGGAGUAUACUUGCUGCUGAGGACAGGCCUGUAAUACCCAGUGUGUGUCCCCACAGGCCUGUUGCCAAGUCCUGCUCUUGACCUUGCCCUUGGUGGCUGGGCCAAGUACUGUCGACCCUGCAGGUGUGCAGCAUCACCUCAGGGCUGGCCUCUGCCUCCAGGUAUCACAGGGCUUGGUGGCAGUGGUGGGAGGUUCCGGAAGUUUUAGGGAGCUUUCCUCUCAUUGUGUUGCUGCACUGACCUUAACUUACUGCUGCUGCUGCUCCUCAGUGCGGUGUGGGACUAGAUCCAUCGGAAGGAAGUGGGGCUUGUGUUGGCUGACACUGCCUGUAUUUUGCACCGGCCUUCAAAGGGUUCCAAGAACUGCGUGCAUCCCCUCACCACUCUCCCCCCCAUGCACACCCCUCUUACUCAGGGAUUCGGGACCAUCCUUGUGGAAGAGCAGUCUGGACUUUGUGAACAUGGAGGGCACUGUGUAUUUCUAAAAGCGGCCUCUUGGGGAUGGCUAUCACCAGGGUCCCGGGGACUGGCAAGGGAGCCAUUUUCCAUCUUACGGCCUGACCAUGUGUAACCUGCUAUGUAAAAAAAUACUUUUUUGUUUUGUUUUGUUUUUCGAGACAGGGUCUCACUAUAUAGUUGAGACUGACCUGG